GCCAGGGGUCGCACGCUCUCCCCUCCCACGCGCGCGCGAGCUGCGAGUUCUCGGUUCACCCGCAGAGCCGCGGCGUCCAGGACCAGCAAGAAUGACUGCUCCUAAAGGUUGCCGCUCAGACCUGGAUUCUAGGUACUACAGACUUUGUGACCUGGCUGAAGGCUGGGGCAUCGCCCUGGAAACACUGGCCGCAGUGGGGGCUGUGGCCACAGUGGCCUUCAUGUUGACACUCUUGGUCCUCAUCUGCAAAGUACAGGACUCCAACAGGCGAAAGAUGCUCCCCACCCAGUUCCUCUUCCUUCUGGGAGUGCUAGGGGUCUUUGGCCUCACCUUCGCCUUCAUCAUCAAGCUGGACGGGGCCACAGGACCCACACGCUUCUUCCUGUUUGGUGUCCUCUUUGCCAUCUGCUUCUCUUGCCUCCUGGUCCAUGCUUUCAACUUGAUCAAGCUGGUCAGAGGGUGGAAGCCCCUGUCUUGGCUUGUGCUCCUGAGCCUGGCGGUGGGUUUCAGCCUGGUCCAGGAUGUUAUUGCCAUUGAAUACCUGGUUCUCACCAUGAAUAGGACCGAUGUCAAUGUCUUUUCCGAGCUGCCUGCCCCUCGGCGCAAUGAGGACUUCGUCAUGCUGCUCAUCUACGUGCUCUUCUUGAUGGUGCUGACCUUUCUCACAUCCUUCUUCAUUUUCUGUGGAUCCUUCUCUGGCUGGAAGAGGCACGGGGUCCACAUAUGCUUCACCUCAUUCCUCUCCAUUGUCAUCUGGGUGGCCUGGAUCGUCCUGCUCCUGAUUCCUGAUAUCGGCCCUGAGUGGGACGACACCAUUCUCAGCACGGCCUUGGUUGCCAAUGGCUGGGUUUUCCUUGCAUUUUAUGUCUUCCCUGAGUUUCUACGGCUCCCAAGGCAACGAAGUCCCACAGAUUACCCAGUUGAAGAUGCUUUCUGUCAACCUCAGCUCAUGAAGCAGAGCUAUGGUGUAGAGAACAGAGCCUACUCCCAAGAAGAAAUCACCCAAGGUCUUGAGGAGACAGGGGACACGCUCUAUGCACCUUAUUCCACUCAUUUUCAGCUGCAGAAUCGGAGUCCUCAAAAGGAUUUCUCUAUCCCGAGGGCGCAGGCCCCGGCCAGUCCGUACAAUGACUAUGAAGGUCGGAAAGGGGACAGCUAACUCUCUGGAGAAGAAUGGGACAACCAGAAUCGGGCGGCAGGUCCAGCCAGGAGUCCUGCAGAUGUGAACCGUAUCCUAGGGGAACUGUACAUGAGAGACUUGCUCCCGGCACACUGCUGUCCUUCUGUCUGGGGCCGCUCUCUGCACCUAACAGACUGCUUCUUCGCAGUGUUCCAGUUUUUCUUUGUCCCAUUCUUAGGGUACUUCUUGGAGGUGGGAGUCUUGGGCAACUCAGGGCGGGACUCUUACCUCUCCCCUGAGUGUUAGGAAACAUCUGCUCAUCUGAGUCCCCACUGACUUGUUCAUCUUCGGAAGCCAGUUCAUCUAACCCAGGGUGGGUCCCGUGAAGAUCACUUCGUGGAGAGCAGAACUGCAUUUUGCACAAACCCAGAAAGGCGUGGGUCUCCACCCUGUCCAUAUCAGUCUGCACUGGAUGCUGACCUGGCUCCACCCUCCUAGGUCUUCCUGCCUGGGUAGGAGAGGCUAAAGGUCACCGAGUGUCUACUGUCAGUACACUGCCCCACGAUGGCCUCAGCAGUGUGGACACUGAUUUACAAGGGUGUCCUUCUCAUAUCACCUCCAAACUUGCUGCCAACACCAGACCUCCUGUGCUUUCCAGGAGCUCUUCUGGACAUUACUGGAGGAGGCGAAGCCUGUUUCUCCCUUCAGGAGAAUUUCAGCUUUGUUCUUGCCAUACAUUCCUGACACACUCCUCCCCCCUCCCCUUUGCUCCCCAGCCUCUGUAAUAGAUCUGUCCUGCAUUCACCUCAAACACUGUAAACGGGCAGGGUCUACUCUUGG